UCAUUGUUUGUGACUUGAGACUUGACUUGAGACGCUAAUUUUGUGAAAUCCACUUGUUGAAAAAAUUGUUCGAAAACGCCGAUAUUGAUGGCUUGUACAAAAGCGACUUGACAUUUUUUAAAUGAAGACUUGAGACUCGACUUGGGACUUGACUCAAAAGUGGCUUUAGGGACUCAAGACUCGACUUGAGACUUGAACUGUAGUGACUUGAGACUCGACUUAGACUUGACAAUGACGACUUGAAGACAACACUGUGUCCUAACAAGGUCACUUUAAGGACUCCCUGGUGUCAUGGUAACACACACGAUGUCCCAGCAUUGACAAACCCCAUUGGACAUAUAAAAACCCGCUCUAUGGUCUCAUGCCAUACUCUAUAGGCAAACACCAAAUGCUCAAUGGCAGGGAAACAUUGCACAGUUGCAUUGACAAUAGGUGCAUCGGCCAAAGCAAGGAAUUCUGUGUUGACGUGCGAACAGACAUCGCUGGUGUCUGCUAAGCCGGUGUUGGUGGGACAGCAGAAAUCUGUAUUGGACAUGGCAUAGCCUACAAUGGCAAAUAAUCCCUCUGUUUGCACCUGUGAAGCUGCCAUUGGUGCACCCAAAAACCUGCACUGAAGGCCUUGCAGAAAACUGCAAAUACACUUUAGGACUAGUUGCUUUAAUCACCUUCUACUUCCCUGUCAAAACGUACACACACAAUGGACUAGCCCGAGAUCGCAAAAUGAAUCUCUAGAGAGACAGGGUGGGUGAAGUGAUAUCUUUUACGGGACCAGCUUCUUUUGAUGGAAGAGAAAAACUUUUGAGAGAUACUAAGUUUUUCUUCUGGACCUGACCAGGGCCAAGCUCAAAACAUUGUCUCUUUCAGCAACAGAAGUUGGUUCAAUAAAAGAGCUCUCGCACUUUAUGUCUCUUAAAUCCUGUGGCCAACACGGCAACAACAACACUGCAAAGGGAAUCUACGGCAGAACUGCAGGAGCCUUAAUAUCAGUGCUAUGCGCUCUAAUCACUAGCUAACAGUCUUCUCCAGAUUUGGGACUAAACCUCAAGAGUCCUGCCUCCCAGCCCCCUUGAGGCUGCUGCUUUCACAAAAGAGGGGAUAGAAAGUAGGAGAACUCCUAAUCACAGGCCUCCAGUUCUCUCCCACCAUGGGAACAGAAGCCAGGAGUCCUAACUCCCAGUUCCACCCUUCUCUAACCUCUUGUUAAUACAAGCCAAACCUGCAUGGGUACACAACAGCAAUGUCUCUCAGCCUUUCCAGGUUACUGUAUCCCUUUCGGGAAUCUGAUCUGUCUUGUGUUGCCCCAAGUUUCACCACACUUAAAAAAACUCCUUGCUUACCAAAACAGAUAUAAAAACACAAAUGUGUCACAGCAUGUUAUUACUGGAAAAAUGGGGAUGAGAAUUGACAUUUAGGUGACUUCAGAGACUAUUUUGGGGAAACUUUAUCCAUUUUAUUGGCCAAAAUGGGAGAUUUUGGUGGCUACCACUUUUGAAAAUAGGGUCUUUUUUUUUUUUUUUUUUUUUUAAAUCCCAGAGGCAGGAGGUUUCUCAAGAAAAAAUAUCUAACUGGUUGUUCUGAUGCAACAUAAAAAUGCCAGUGUUCCCACUUUGGUCUUUAGAGAUGAAUUUGCAAAGCAGCAUAAGGGAGUUAGAUGCCUGAAUCCCAUAAUUCAAUGGGAGCUAAGCCCCUAAUUCUCAUAAGCUCCUUAGAGAAUCCCAGCCUGCAUGUUUAUUUUGCUCUCUAGGUUUGGUGCGGUGAGUGGCGGAUUCUCCUUCAUCAGGUGGUGUUUGUUUUGGCGGCAAGACCGCUGCCGUUGGCUCCAUUAAAAUGUCCGUGUGUGAGGACAUGAUGCUGUGCAACUACCGCAAGUGCCGCGUCAAGCUCUCGGGCUAUGCGUGGGUCACGGCUUGCUCGCACAUCUUCUGUGACCAGCACGGCAGUGGGGAAUUCAGCCGUUCCCCAGCAGUCUGUCCUGCCUGCAACAGCGCCCUCUCGGGCAAGCUAGACAUUGUGCGCACCGAGCUAAGUCCCUCUGAGGAAUACAAGGCCAUGGUGUUGGCUGGACUGCGGCCGGAGAUUGUGCUGGACAUCAGCUCCCGCGCACUGGCCUUCUGGACAUACCAGGUUCACCAGGAGCGCCUGUACCAGGAAUACGCCUACAGCAAGGCCGAGGGACACCUGAAGCAGAUGGAGAAGGUGUACACCCAGCAGCUGCAGAGCAAGGAUGUGGAGCUGACUUCCAUGAAGAGUGAGGUCUCCUCCCUGAAGAAGGUGCUGGAGGAGUACAAGAGGAAGUUCAGCGAGCUCUCUGAGAAGCUCAUGGAGCGCAACCGCCAGUACCAGAAACUCCAGGGUCUCUACGACAGCCUCCGCCUGCGCAACAUUGCUUUGGCUAAUGAGGAGGCUGCCCACGAGCCUCCCAUGAUGCCUCAGCCUGCUGUCUUUGGCUUCCCACUGGGUAAUGCUUCCAGAUUCCCCGGGGACACCACACCUGUCCGGGGCAGGUGUGGGGAGGGAGACUUCCACUUCAAACCCUUCUUUGCCACAUCCCCGCCUGCGGGCGAAUCCAGCAACAGCUUCUUCACCUUCGCCUCUCCCAGCAAUGAGUUGGAGCCACAUCCUGGAGCUAGCAGGGCCUACAAAAUGAAGAGGAUGUAGCUGCCUUUGGAAAUUCAGCCCUUCGGUCGAUUGG